UAUAAAUAGUCGUGUCUGAAGUGUCUGCCACUCAUUACCACCUGAGAACAUACCUGUAGACCUGCAGUAUUUCACCAACAACAGACAAACAUCAUGAGGGUUUUGACCGUCUCUGUGCUGCUCUUCGUGGUCCUCGCUCUUAAUGUAUCAGAGCAGGCCAGUGUGACUGAAGCAGAGGUCAGUCAGGCUAUAAAUGGUGCUGCACCUCCAGCAGAAGAGACUGAGGAAACUGUGCCAGAUGUAUCAGUGCAGAAACAGUCACUCCCAGAAUCCCCUGAAUUUGGGGAUGAGGCUCCACUUACACGAUCCCUAGGGGAUUGUCCAUUUGGUUGGUAUGGCCAUCAAGCACGCUGCUACCAGUUUGUUAAUCAGGCCAAUACAUGGAUCAAUGCACAGCAAUAUUGCAUAGGACUAGGUGCUAACUUAGCCUCAGCACGCAACCCAAGGGAAUACAUAUUCCUCCAGGAAUUGGUUGAUCGAAGUGGUCAAGCUACACGAGCAUGGCUUGGGGGGUUUUACCUUCAGAACACAUGGUUGUGGGUGGAUGGGGAAGGAUUGUACUACCAGAACUGGCAGACUCAGAGUUCUGCUAGCAGCUUCCCUUGCAUUUUUCUGCAAACAAGAGUUGGCUGGUCCAACAAUAAUUGCCACUCUACAACCAAUCCAUUCAUUUGUGUGAAAAGAACUUGCUGAACCAAGUCAUUUCAGUCAGGAGGGAAAAAAGAAUGGAAAUCAUUAAGCAAAACUUCAAAUCCUCAAAUUAAUGACACAAAGUUACGAAAGUGAGCUGGGAUUACAGCUGUUCAGUAAAUGCCGUUAUGGAGGGCAACAUAUGAUGUUUACAAUAUUAAAUUUGACAUAAUUUCAUUCAUUUAUGUUAUUAGUUUUUGUUACAGCUGAUGCUAGAAUUUAAAAUGACCUGUUAACUAUUUUUAAUAAAGAAAUAAUUUCACCAUGAAA